UUUGAGUUUCCAGUUGUUUUGAACGCGGCAUAAGAACUAGAGACUGCCUCUAAGAUGUCCGACCACUGUUUUCAACAUAAUCUACUCACCGUCACAUAUGCCGAUUCGUGGGGGCUGACAUCUUGCUAGUUCCGGUCUCAGGAGCCCAUUAGUACAUGUCCACCAGCAGACCGAGCGAGCUAGAGCGGGUCGUGGAUUUGGAAUAGUGGCGAGGCGAAAUCUGCAGCACAAAGCACCACCACACAACCAACAACCACUGGAAACAUGAAGAACGUGGUAUGCAAGUUUCCUCAUUCCCAUACCACGUGACGUCAUUUGUGCUGCUGGCGGAAUACUAGUGGAAGUGUUACACGGAUGUCAACAAACUAGCGAUUUGAACGGAAAAAGAAAUGUCAUGAAAGAAUCCACAAGUGACCACUAAACGGCUACUAUGCCUUACCUGGGCGGUGAGCAGACCGUGAGGGAGCUGAGGAGAGCUCUGUCCAACCCGAACGUCCAGACUGACCACCUACGCUACAGAAACACCAUACACAGGGUCAUCAGAGUGAUGUCUCAAGGACUGGAUGUAUCUGGGUUGUACAGUGAGAUGGUGAAGGCCUGUGCAACGGUGGAUAUUGUCCAGAAGAAACUGGUCUAUGUGUUUCUGUCUUCCUAUGCCAGUCUGAACCCUGAGCUGUCUCUGCUGGUUAUAAACACCCUGAGGAAAGACUGCUCUGAUCACAACCCCAUGGUCCGCAGCCUGGCGCUACGCAACAUGUGCAACCUCAGACUCCCAGGUCUAUUGCAGUAUGUGCAGCAGCCUCUUACAGUGGGACUGAAGGACAAGGCAGCGUGUGUUCGCAGAGUGGCUGUACUGGGCUGGGCCAAGAUACACACAUUACAACCUAACACUGAGAUGGAUGUGGCUGUAGUUAAUGAGUUGUACGGGAUGCUAAGGGACCCGGACCCGGUCGUCAUGGUGAACUGUCUCCGGGCGCUAGAGGAGAUUCUACAGGAAGAAGGGGGCGUGGCUAUCAACAAACCCAUUGCUCACCACCUCCUCAACAGACUGAAGCUAUGUGAUGUGUGGGGCCAGUCUGAGGUGCUAGCGGUGCUCCAGCGGUAUCGGCCUCGCAGCGAAGAUGAGCUGUUCGACAUAUUAUCUCUGUUAGACCACGCCCUCCUCUCUCACCACGCCCCCGUCAUGGCUGCCACACUCCGCCUCUUCCUGUCCCUGUGUUCCACGCUGCCCGCUGUGUGUAUGUCGGCACUUGAGAGAGCACGGGGCCCCCUCCUGGCUGCCGCAGGCAGCGCCUCCCGGGAACUACGCUACGCAGCGCUAUGUCACAUCCAGCUGCUGCUGCGUUCUGAGCCUGGGCUCAUGGGGGAACACUAUAAACGCUUCUUCUGCGGCUACGCUGAACCCCCUUACAUCAAACAGAACAAGAUGCAGGUGCUGGUUGAGUUGGUGAAUGAUGAGAACGUGGCGAUGGUUCUGGACGAGCUGAGAGGAUACUGUACUGACGUCAACACGGAGACCUCACAGACUGCUAUCAACGCUAUAGGUGGUAUUGGGAGGAGCUACAGCGACAGGUGCCUGGCCAUCCUCACUGGACUGCUGGGACUGAAGCAAGAACACAUCACCUCUGCGGUGCUCCAGACUCUAAGGGACUUAGUGUGGGUGUGUCCUCAGUGUGGAGACGCAGUGUGUUCAGCUCUGGAAGGAUGGGAGGACAAGCUGCAGGACAGUCAGGGUCGUGUGGCCUUGCUGUGGCUGCUAGGUGUCUACGGCGACAGAGUGAGUGGCGCCCCCUAUCUGCUGGAGGACUGUAUAGACGGCGUGAGGAGUGAGGUGUCAGCGGAGGUCAAGACAGAGCUGCUCACUGCAACACUACGACUGUUCCUAUCCAGACCUGCUGAGACUCAGGACAUGAUGGGGCGACUGUUGGCCUACUGCAUAGAGGAGGAGGUGAACAUGUGUGUACGUGACCAGGCCCUGCUGUACUACCGGCUGUUGCAUUGUGGGAUUGAGGAGGUCCGUCGGGUCCUCCAGGGUGGACGGCGGUCAGACCCCUCUCUGGGGCCUCUGAUUGGACGGCCCCCUGAGCCCAUCAGCCAAUGGGCAUCCAGGUUCAAUACCCUGGAGCCUCUAACCCUCAGAGCCUCUACUGUGGGGAACUCUGACCCCGCGACCCCCAGCCCUGAACCCAUGACCUCUAACCCUGAACCCAUGACCUCUACGCCAGGAGACCCCCACCUCCCAGACUGCAGUAGUGGAGCUCUGAGUCUGUCUGUGUCUCCAGCUCUGAGCCCUGAGGAGUUUGAACGCCUGUGGCUGCAGCUGGAGAAGGGGGCGUGUCUGGAGGUGUGUGUGGCGUGUCCUGUUCCCCGCUGUUCCCCGGAGAGCCUGCAGGUGGCACUACGGCUGGUCAACAUCCAGACGCUGGCCUUCACCCCCCCAAACACACACCCCUGGAGGGUCUACCUCUACACACACACCUCACACACACACGCCUCACACCUCUCUACAACGCCACCACACACACUUAUACUGGCAGAACUGCUACACACUGGAGGAGAAGGAGAGGGAGAGGGAGAGGGAGAGGGGGGAGAGGGAGAAAGAGGGGGAGGGAGGGAUCAUCAAGGAGAUUUAGCCGUGGGCCACCAGUUGGGAAACCCUGUCAUAGAGCAGGCUGAAGCUGUCAGACAGACCAGUUCACUCAACUCUGACUAG